AAAGAGUCCCAAAACACCUUACACUCUGAACUCUCACACUCUCAAGUAUCCAUAAUUUCCCAAUUUACAAAUCCCUAACAACUCGAUCAGAACCAGCGACGGCGAAACUGGCACCGGCGACAGAGACGACGGUUGUUCCUGUGACGACACUGUUGUGAGCUUCUGAUUUUGCUUCCUUUGCUGUUGUUUGCUUCUCAAGUUUGUUGGGUACUGGGUAUUUGUUGGUCUUGGAUUCAGAUCAGAUUCCGUAAUUCCCAACCGAGCACAAUUCUUUAUUCAAACAGUUAUUUGAUAAUAUGGGCAUGCAAUAAUACUUCAUUUUGAAAUUUGAAUGCCAUCUUGGUAGCAUUAAAAAUUUGCUUAUAUAUAUAUAUAUCCGAGUCCUAAUCUGUCAGUUCUAUUAUCGGCUUGAAAACCCUCGAAAGCACCCUCAAUUUCUCGAGAAUUCUUUUGUGACCCAACGGGUCCAGCAUUGAAGAUACCCGUAUCAUCGACAAUCCGGCAGGGAUUUGGGUUUGGGUUUUUCGGAUACGGGUUUGGGUAUAACCAACCCGAUUGCCAUACCUAGUUUUGGUUCAGUUGUACAUCGGCGGAUUAGGCUGUCUUUGGAAGCGAAAGUGGUGAAGCAAAACAGAGCGUUGGCGGUUGGUGUUUGGGCAUAAGCAUAUUACUGUAUUAGCAACGUUAGUGCGGCCGAAUACUAAUUGCCUCUCUCUCUCUCUCUCUCUCUCUCUCUCUCUGUGCAACUCUGCGAUUCUCAUCUCCAACAAUUUUGCAAAGGUAAUUUACUUCAUAUUCCUUCGUCCGUUUUUUCUGGGUUUAAGUCCCUUUUCGCUUAUCAAAAUCGUUAUAUGCCAUUGACACAAAAAGGUUGCCACUUUUUGCAAUUUUUUUCCGGAAUUUCACAAAGGUCUGAUUUUUGGGUUGGGUGUUUUUGGGUUUAAAAAAAAAAAAAAAUAGAUAAAGAAAAAGAAAAAACAGGAUAAUAAUGGUUGGGUUCAAGAAUCGUUAUUUGGUUGUGGAGGUGAACUUGAAUCCCAAUAGAGAGACUGUCACUAAUGACCCAAUAAUAUUAACCUCAUAUAAUGUCACAAAAGCUAUUAAAGACAGCAUUCUUCUCAACUUUGGGGAAUGUGGUUUGGCUUCUUCACUUGGGUCUUUCCAAGUGAAGUAUGUGAAUUAUAUCACAAAGCUUUGUAUAAUUAGAGCCUCAAGGGAAGAAUACCAAAAAGUUUGGUCUGCCAUUACAAUGGUUAGGAGUAUUGGCAAUUCGCCAGUGGCAAUUUACUUGUUGGAUCUUUCUGGAAGCAUCAAGGCAUGUAGAACUGCAGCAUUGAAGUGUGAGGAAUUGAAAUUUGAAAACUACAAGCUUUCAGUUCGAGCUCCUCUAUCAGAAGAUAUUAACAAGCAAAUGCAAGACUACCUUGAAAGGAUCAGAGUGCUGGAGCAUUGAAGCUGUAUCAUACCCAGCAGCACCAUCCACAGCACAAGGUCCAUAUGUGGUGGCUCCACCACCAGCUGGCUACCCAACAAGAGAUGGAACCGCACCCUAC